GGGUCACCAUCAUGCAGAAAGAUAUCCAGCUUGCACGCCGAAUCAGAGGUCAGCUUUAGGUGCAAUAUUUCCUAAUUCAGGCAGGCUUCAGUGAGGAUCACUCAGCUGCGACCGGCUGGAUGAAGAUGGUGUGCUGUGAUGCACUAUUUUUUAUGCAAAAGGCAACAAGGGUGCAGGCGCUUCUAUUGCAAAGAUGCUCCGGGCUUGGCUCUAGCUGGACUGGCGGGGCGAAAUGCUGUUGCCGAACCUCAAGUAUGAAUAUACUUUGGAAAUCUUUAUGCAAGGUUUUGACAAGAUGCACAUGGGUUCGACACGUGCAGUUCGGAAUCCAUUUCAAGAAGCUUUUUGCCCGUGGCGUGGUUUGCUGCUUCAAGACUCUCCCCUUAGAUGAAACUUUGUUGAGGGCUUCUGAAAGAAAUGAGCUCGUGGUCAAGCUUCGAGGGAAGUACAGUGAGGACUCGACUGAUCUCAUUCGCCCUUUCACUCAAAGAUUCACAUACGAGCUGAACACUUGGCUUCGCCAAUGUAGUGGACCUGGCCUCCUGCCUUUUUCAAGAACAAUUACACUGGUACUACGGUCGUAGUAAUUUCAGUCAGCCGCAGAUGUACCGAUAAGAGAGACGGAAUAAAUGAGUGCAGAAGACAGAGAUCCCAGGGUCCUCAGCAUUCUACGGAAGGCGCCAAGAGCAUCUACAUCACUUGGUAAAUAGUUUAAGAAAUUGAAUCGCAUACGCUAUACUAAAGAUACAGCUCAGAUACA